GUUGGGGAGGCGGUUUCCUAGACUACGACACCGGAAAGCUGGGGGAGGCGCUCCGGGAUACUGAGGGCGGAGGGCGGUGGCAGCGCUGGCGCUGGGGACCGGCUCGGUGGCUUUGGGAAACAGUUCGGCGCCGGCGGCCGCCCGUGUUACUCCGCAUCCCGCCCCGUCUCGGCACGGCUAGCAGCCCCCUGGCCACCGGCGUCCGGCAAUGUGUCUCACCGGCCGGGCGUAGCAGCUGCGCGUGCGCGGGACCGCGGGGCCAUGAGCGAAGCCGGCGGCCGGGGCUGUGGGUCCCCGGUCCCCCAGCGAGCGCCAUGGAGCCUAGUGGCGGCGACGGCCGCGAUCUGCCUGGUGUCGGCCACAUCCGUGUGGACGGUGGGGGCCGAGCCCAUGAGUAGGGAGGAGAAACAGAAGCUUGGGAAUCAAGUACUGGAAAUGUUUGAUCAUGCUUAUGGUAACUAUAUGGAACAUGCUUACCCUGCUGAUGAACUCAUGCCUUUAACCUGUAGAGGUCGAGUUAGAGGCCAAGAGCCAAGUCGCGGUGACGUCGAUGAUGCCUUGGGAAAAUUUUCUCUGACACUGAUUGAUUCUUUGGACACUCUUGUGGUAUUAAAUAAAACUAAAGAAUUCGAAGAUGCAGUGAGAAAAGUUUUAAGAGAUGUUAAUUUAGAUAACGAUGUAGUCGUAUCAGUCUUUGAAACAAACAUCAGAGUUCUUGGGGGUCUUUUGGGUGGGCAUUCCCUGGCAAUCAUGCUGAAAGAAAAAGGUGAAUAUAUGCAGUGGUACAAUGAUGAACUUCUCCAAAUGGCAAAGCAGUUAGGUUACAAACUUUUACCGGCUUUCAACACUACCAGUGGCCUUCCUUAUCCAAGAAUUAAUUUAAAGUUUGGCAUCAGAAAACCAGAAGCUCGGACAGGAACUGAGACAGAUACCUGUACGGCUUGUGCAGGUACCUUGAUCCUUGAAUUUGCUGCUUUAAGUCGAUUCACAGGAGCAACAAUAUUUGAGUUACAGGUGAGGAAAAUAAGGCUCAAAGACUAUGAGAGACCUGCACAGCUGGAAUAUGCCAGAAAAGCUCUCGAUUUUCUCUGGGAAAAAAGACAACGAAGUAGUAAUUUAGUGGGCGUGACUAUAAAUAUUCAUACUGGAGAUUGGGUACGAAAAGAUAGUGGAGUUGGAGCAGGGAUUGAUUCAUAUUAUGAAUAUCUAUUGAAAGCCUAUGUCUUGCUUGGAGAUGACAGUUUUCUGGAAAGAUUUAACACACACUACGAUGCCAUAAUGAGGUACAUUAGCCAGCCACCUCUUCUACUUGAUGUGCAUAUCCACAAACCAAUGCUGAACGCUCGGACUUGGAUGGAUGCUUUGCUUGCCUUCUUCCCAGGCUUGCAGGUUUUAAAGGGGGAUAUUAGACCUGCUAUUGAAACUCAUGAAAUGUUAUAUCAGGUGAUUAAAAAACACAAUUUUCUACCAGAGGCAUUUACCACAGAUUUCAGAGUACACUGGGCUCAACAUCCUUUAAGGCCAGAAUUUGCAGAAAGUACCUACUUCUUAUAUAAAGCUACAGGAGAUCCUUACUACCUUGAAGUAGGGAAGACACUUAUUGAAAAUUUAAAUAAAUAUGCUAGAGUGCCUUGUGGAUUUGCUGCCAUGAAGGAUGUUCGUACUGGAAGUCAUGAGGACAGAAUGGAUUCUUUCUUCUUGGCCGAAAUGUUUAAAUAUCUUUACCUGUUAUUUGCUGAUAAAGAAGACAUUAUUUUUGACAUAGAAGAUUACAUCUUUACAACAGAAGCUCAUCUGUUACCUCUUUGGCUCUCUACUACAAAUCAAAGCAUCUCUAAGAAGAACACAACCUCGGAAUAUACAGAACUGGAUGACAGUAACUUUGAUUGGACUUGUCCAAAUACUCAGAUCCUCUUUCCUAAUGACCCAUUGUAUGCUCAAAGUAUUCGUGAGCCCUUGAAAAAUGUGGUGGAUAAGAGCUGUCCUAGAGGCAUCAUCAGAGUCAGAGAGGAGAGUUUCAGGAGUGGAGCUAAACCCCCUCUGAGAGCCAGAGAUUUCAUGGCCACUAACCCUGAGCAUUUAGAAAUCCUGAAGAAGAUGGGGGUGAGUUUGAUUCACCUCAAAGAUGGGAGAGUCCAGUUGGUCCAACAUGCAAUCCAAGCUGCUAGUUCAAUUGACGCUGAAGAUGGGUUGAGGUUCAUGCAGGAGAUGAUUGAAUUGUCAAGUCAGCAACAAAAAGAACAGCAGCUGCCUCCACGAGCUGUACAAAUUGUUUCCCACCCAUUUUUUGGCAGGGUAGUAUUGACUGCUGGACCAGCUCAGUUUGGGCUGGAUCUGUCUAAACAUAAAGAGACAAGAGGAUUUGUUGCAAGCAGUAAACCAUACAAUGGUUGUUCAGAGCUUACUAACCCAGAGGCAGUGAUGGGAAAAAUCGCACUGAUACAAAGAGGACAGUGCAUGUUUGCAGAAAAGGCACGCAACAUCCAGAAUGCCGGAGCCAUUGGUGGCAUUGUUAUUGAUGACAAUGAGGGGAGCAGCAGUGAUACUGCCCCUCUGUUCCAGAUGGCAGGUGAUGGAAAGGAUACGGAUGACAUCAAGAUCCCCAUGCUGUUCUUAUUCAGCAAAGAAGGAAGUAUCAUCUUGGAUGCCAUCCGGGAAUAUGAGGAGGUAGAAGUGCUCCUUUCUGAUAAAGCGAAAGAUCGAGCAGCAAUAUUAAAAGGUAAAAUGAUUCCAAGCUACAUUAUUAAUAGUAAUCCUGAAAUGGAAAAUGAAGAACAACCAUCCUCUGAAAAUGAUUCUCAGAAUCAGAGUGCUGAACAGAUUUCAUCAAGUUCUCAGGAGGUUGAUUUGGUCGAUCAAGAGUCUUCUGAGGAAAAUUCUCUAAACUCUCAUCCAGAAUCAUUAUCUCCAGCAGAUAUGGACAAUGCUGCAAGCAUUUCCCCUUCUGAACAGACUUCUAAUCCCACAGAAAACCAUGAGACUGCAAAUCUUAAUGGUGAAUGUACAGAUUUAGAUAACCAGCUUCAAGAACAAUCAGAAACUGAGGAAGAUUCCAAUCCUAAUGUUAGCUGGGGUAAAAAGGUCCAGCCUAUAGACUCCAUAUUAGCAGACUGGAAUGAAGAUAUAGAAGCAUUUGAAAUGAUGGAGAAGGAUGAGCUAUGACUUGCUAAACAAUCUGUUGGUAGGUAUUUAAAAAGAAAAGGUAAACUGUGUGUGGUUAAUAGACACCCUAAUACUAAGCAGGCUUUCUAAUGGGAGGCUUUAAGUAUGGUGAUGAACAACCACGUUCUGACUGGUGUAGUUAUGGUAGGAAUCUGGAGCAUGCUGUGUUAGAAUUGACCUUGUUUAAAACUGUCACAUCAAAAAUGGAAAUCCACAGUUCCCCCUUCAAAUGCAGCACUGCACCACCCUGCAACACCUCAGGCCAGGGAAAGAUUACUGAGCAUUCCUGGGAAGCAGAUUUCUGUAGUCUCUGGAUAGACAAGAAACAGAAUUCAUUUAGUAGUGGAGUGGGGAAUCGAAGUUUGGAUAGCCUUCUAAUUAAAGGAAGCUUGCCUUUCUUGGUUUGGGGGUUAGAGGCUCUUUUGGGAAGAUGCAUCCGGGUAUUGUGGCAUUCUGAUUAUGCUGCCUUCACAAAACACUCUAAGUGACCUAAAUGGUUAUGAAGCAAAUGCAUUUAUGGUGAAAACAGUCUUUGCUCAUCACUUUCUCUUGUUUCAUUUAGUGACAAAUGAUCAAGAUGACUUGAUUUUUUUUCCUUCUUAACAAUGUCCUUUUUAUUUAAACCAAAGGUGAAGCCAGUGUAUUUUCUCAGUGAGUUCUCUGCAUAAAGACUAAUCAGUGGGACCAGGUAAAAAGGUCAUAUAAUAUAUUGUGGAGAUUGCUUACUUAAUACUUCUGAAAAAUGGAGUAAGGGAGAAACGAUAAUGUUGCAAUAUGAACCUCCCAUUGGGCCUUCCAUAGGGAAAGCUAUGACUACUCUGAAAUGGAACCUAGCAUUAUAUCCUUGUAGGGUAGAUUAUAAAUCUUUUCCAGUUCAUUUCUCUUAGAGGUGAUUACCUCUAGCCAUCAGCCUUACUCCAUCCCAUGUUUGGUAUGCAAUUUGAGCCACAAGGCUCAUAUCGCCAACAGCUAUAUACAUUUUGUUCCAUUUUUCUAUCUUACAGAGCCAUGAUAAAACUGUGGUUAGUGAUUUAAAAUUCCUGGAGUAACUACUGUUUUUCUCCUUUGAAACUUAGGUUUCUAAAGUUGCACCUAAGGAGUCUCACAUUUUCCGUUGAAUCAUGGUUUUGGUUUUUGUUUUUAACAGAUAUUCCUUCUGAUAUGGACUUGAAAAUUAGUCUAUGGUGACCUGUGUUUUAAAAAAAAGUACAGUAACAACUAGCCAUAUAGCUUAAUAAGAAUCCCCCCGCCCCCUUUUUUUUUGGUUGUUGUCGUUGUAGUCUGGUGCUGGCCACAUUUAAGUUUAAAAAUUUUUUAAAUUUUGUUGUUGAUGCCUGUAGACAGCCCUAUAGUUGAAAUCAUGGCUUUAUUCAUUUUAUUUAUUUUUAAAACUUGCCUGAAUCAGUUCUGAAGGAAUAUUUAAGAGACGUAAUUUUCUUCUCUUUACCAUAACAUUACACAAAACUUUUUCCUAAAACACGGUUGUGAGGUACUGGUGAGCUGUAAGUGGAGCUGUUAAAAACAGCAGUGCUGUAUUGUAGUUAUGUAUAUUCGUGUACAGUAUGUUUAGAUCCCAGGUAAACAUAUUCUUUUCUGAGAGGAUAAAUACCUGCAUUCAGAUAUUCCAGGUAAAUAUAAUUGAGUCAGGGAGUAGUAAAUCUAAUGGAGAAUUCAUUUUGGGGAGGGGGAAAAAGAAUAGUAUGCAAGACCCUUAUUGGCUUUUAAUUAUACCUGAAACCAAAAUGGAUAUUUUUAGUCUCUCUGCAUGUGAGAUUUGAUGUAACAAGAUAGAACUAUAAUAUAUACAGUAUAUGGAAGGAUAGACAUAGUGCUUUGUUCAUUUUAAUUGCAAGCUGCCAAAAUAGCUGAAGCUUAAUUACUUGACUUGCCUUGAUUUGUAGGACUGGGGCUUGGAGAAAAUGAGCAGAUGUUCCUCUAAGACAUUGAUUACAGAAGCCUUAUAUACAUGGAUUUGAUUUUGUAUUUGUAGCUGAAAGCCAUUGUUGUCUAAAUCUAACUUUUUUAAGUUAUCAAAACAACCUAAUUUCUUUUCCAACAAGGAGAACUUAAUGACAUGAAAGAUUGUGUGACACAUUGGAAAAGUCAGCUUACUGCCACUCUCUUCCUUUGGCCAUUAGAGGGAGGUGUUGCCUCAUCGACGCUUAGAAGCAAAUCGUUCACUUGUUUAGAAAAGUAAAUCCUUAAAAACAAAAAAAAAGGAAGAAAAGGAAAAAAUUUAACCAAUUUUUCUUAAUACCCAGAAGGAAUUAUACUUAGUAUUUCCCGAGUUAAAAAAAGAGGAUAUAAUGUUCGUCUGAAAAACUCCAGCGUUGUAAUUGACUCUACAUUCAUUUACUUACUUGACAUACUGCCACAAAGUAGUUUUUUAGUUCAUUAAAAAUUCCAAAGGCAUUAGUUGUUUUUUUUUUAAUGUUUUGUUUUUUAGUUACCUUUUAUAGACAUUUUAGUAACUUGCUAAAGAUUCAGGGGAUUCUAUGAAACCCCAAUUUAGAAACAUCUGGUCUACCUCAGUUAAAUGUUGACUGCUUAGAAAUAUAGCUGAAGUGAUCACCACAGCCAUAAAAUUGUUUGAGUAAGAAACAUUUAUAUAAUGUUUACAAAUCUGGAAUCAAGUAAGGAUUUUAGCUGCAAGUUAAGAGAUAUUAGAGCAAGUAUUUAAUUCAGGUAUUUUCAAGUUUUAGAAACCUGUUUACCUACUAAAAAUAGCUAGAGUUUUUUUCUGCAUAUAAAAGUUCAUUGAAAUGAUAUGCCCUUAUUUGCAAUACUUUUCCCAUAAAGUUUUAAGUGUGAAAGAAUUGUAAUUUACUAGAUAUGUUUGGUAUGGGAUAUUUUGUUGGGCAGGUUUUCUUUUUUCUUCUUAAAUUGUAAUAGGCUUCCAAAAAGAGUAUAAUUGUUUCAGAACAAAUUAACUCUUGGCAUUAUAUAUCUCCCUUUUUCUUUACAGUAUUAGUAAAAUGAAAAAUUGUACACUUUCUGAUUUUAACUUCACUAAUAUAAUUACUCUCUCAAGAAGUUUUUAAAAUUUAAAUUACCAUCACACAACCUUUUUAUAGUAAAGCCAACAUUUGUUCUCUCACCAAACCCCAUGCCAAAUUCAUCAUGAAGAAAGCUCAGCAUAAGUAAUUCAAAUACUGCUUAUAAUUUUAGAGAAGGGGGGGUAGAAUUUAGUAAAUAGUCCAGCCGGUCGUUUUAUGCACAAGGCUUCAGUCAGAACAUAGAAAAAAAAAACAUUCUGUGAAUGAAAUAUUGUAUGUUCAGAUUUUAUAAAAGACAUUUUUAAAAGCCCAAUUUACAGCCGUAUAUUUUCUUAUGAUGUAAUUUAUGAAAAAGAUGUCUGUACUAACAGGUGCUGUAACACUACUGUUGUUGGAUUUUAUUGUUUGAUGAUAAAUGUAUACAAUAUUUCUAAGGGAAACUAUGUACUGUGAUGUAAAAGUCUGGGCAAAAUGUAUAUAAUCCUGUAUAUAAUUGUGUAUUUGAUUAUAAUUACUGAUUGUAAAGAUUUAAUAAAAUAUGUAAAUAUUCUG